CCCGAGCCGAGACCACCCGUCGCGUUAAUUAAUACCGACGCGCGCCACCCGAACCGUCCGCCGACACCCUCGACCGACACGCAGACGCAAGCGCAUCGCGAGACCGUGGACCCGGACAGCGGCCACAAUACCGCGUACGCAAACGGCCGGUAUAUUCAGGGGACGUUUAAAGCGCGCCGUCCUCGCCGUUUUCCGUCGUCGAUCGUGUACCGGUCGACCGUUCGCGACGCCCGCGGCAACCGGUUCGACAUACUGGUGAGUCAUUAUUAUUUCACUCCCCCGACCGUCGAAAUUCCGUCCACCGCUACCGGCAAGGGAUUAGGUUAGAUUAAGUUAGGUUGCCCCCGGGGAAACAGAAAAAAAAAAAAAAAAAAACGUAAACGUUAUUUACGUUUUGUAUAGUUUUUAAUUUACAGUAGAUAUUUUCAAACGUACCUAAUUUUAAGUUAAUUUGUAUCCAUACACCUUUGGUUCCAAGAAAGAAGGGCCUAUAUUCGGCUUAUUGUUGGUUUUUUCAUUUUGUAUUUUAAUGUAAUUUUUUCUCUUUGUUUUUCGGCCUAAACUGCAGGAGUGUACGUGUUUUCAAAAAUUAAUUUUGCUUGUAUUGAAAACUACACCAAAACUGAGCUCCCCCUAACUUCGUUAUAGGUUUACUUCACGUACAAUAAAGUGCGACAUUUUAUUUAUUGAAAUAGAGGCUGCGAUAUAAUUUUUUUAACAUUCACAAUUCACGAGGAACUGUGUUGAGAAGAAUAUUUGAAUUUCGAAAAGAACUUCAUUGUUUUCUUCUUGAACAAAAAAAAACAUUUUGAAAUAUUUGAAAAUGAAGUCUUUUUAAUGAAACUAUCGUACUUAUGUGAUAUUUUUGAAAAACUCAAUAUAUUAAAUGUAUAUAGAUACAAGGUAAUGAGACCUACGUUUUGCAGUUAACUGAAAGAAUUACUUUUUUUAAAAGGAAAUUAGUCUUGUGGAAGAAUAAAAUGGACGAAAGCGCUUUAAAUGACUGUUUCCCUACAUUGUAUAUGUUUCUUCAUGAAAAUAAUUUAAACUUGAUACAAUCUGUCAAAUUAUUAUUCAUGGGGCACUUAUCACAACUUAUUGUUCAUUUCCAAAAUUAUUAUCUCGAUGACGAUCAACAACAAAAUUUGAUUAAGGAUCCUUUUACUACUGACCUACCGUCAGAAUUAACAAUUUAUGAACAAGAAUAACUAAUAAACUUAUCCUCAGAUUCAGCAUUAAAAUCCAAAUUUGCAUCAACAUUUUUACCAGAAUUUUGGAUAGCUAUGAAGAAGCAGUAUCCGAUCGUAGCCAAUAAGGCUAUCAGGACUUUGAUUCCAUUUGCUUCUUCGUACUUAUGUAAAACAGGUUUUACGGCCUUAGCAGUUAUUAAAAUUAAAUAUAGAGGAAGACCGAAAAACCGAAAUGGAAAUAAGAAUCGCGCUUUCAAAAUUUACCCCAUGAUUUUAUAAUAUUAUGGGGAAAAAAAACAUGCACAGUCAUCCUAUUAAAUAUUAAAAUUAUUAUUAUUUUAUUGAUUUUUUAAUUGUAAAAAAAAAAUAAAUCUCAAAAAAAAAAUGUUUCCUUUUAUUAAUAAUUACACGUUUAUCAUUGAAUAAAGUAAAAUUAAAAUGAUUAAAUAAUGUAAAUUUAUUUAUUUUAAAUGUUCGUAUGGAAGCCGUAUAUUUUAUUUUAAAAUCAAAAGGAGCCGUGGACCCAGAAAGGUUGACAACCACUGACCUAUAGAUUUCAUUAAAUGAAAAUAAAAUGUAAAUUUUACACAUUCUAAUCAUAUGUUAUUUUCAUUAAAUCACUGUCUCAUGAAAAAUGACGUAAAAUUCGUUUGAACCCAAGAAUUCUUAUUAGACUCGCAAUAUUAUUUAUCCGUUUAUUUACAUUUUUAAAACAUUUUGGACGUCCUUUAUGUAUGUAAUUAUUACUUGUACGAAAAAGAAACAGAAUGUAAAAUAGACAUAAUUUUAAAUUUGUUCAGUAAAUAGUUGAUCUGCAGGAGUUUGGGAUUAAAAAUAUAGUACAUCAUAGCAGUGAUAUCAUUAAGGGGAGGGGUAAAAUUAGGCAUUUGCUUCAGUCAAACUUUUAGCCUUGUUUAAAAUCCGUUUUUCGAUUGAUUCCUUUCUUUUGGAUCUAAAAAAAUAUCGAUAAACGUUUAAUUUACAUACCUACUUUCUGUUCGUAUGUCUUUAAUUUGCGGUUUUUCUAUUUUCCUACCUGCAAUGUUCAUAACUUUUAAUUUUAGAUAUUAAUGAUAAAUUUUAUGAAUUCUACUAAAAUUUGUACCUUCCUAUACCAAUUUUCUUUUAAGUACAUAAGCAAAUUCGAAAUAACCAUAUUAAAUUAAAAGUAAUAGCAAAGAAAUAUAUUUAAUUUUUUUUUUUUUUGGUGGUGGGGGGGGGGGGGGGUGUAAAUGAUUCCUUUCCUCGUCAGUCAACAAAUUUGGCAAGUUUUCUCAAUCUAUCAAGUAUAGAAAUUACGCCAAUGCAUUGUAGAUAAGUUAGUGACACGUAACGUACCUAUAUGAAAUAUACCUAUUAUUAUUUCUAUAGGUACGUAUGCAGAAAACAAUUUCGGAGGAGGGUUACAAGUUAACGUUUUGAACUUUACAAUUAUAUUAUAAUGCAUAUUUCAAAUUUCGGGGGGGGAGGUUGUACUUAUGCCAUAGUAAUACUCAUAAUAUAAUAACAUUAUUGUAAAAUAGUAAAGUUUAGGAACCUCCACAUAUUAUAAUCACUAUAUAUGCGUUUUUUAAGCGAUUUAAAUAAUAAAAACAAUAGUAAUACGAUAUACCUAUUUGCAUAAUAAUAUUAUUAUCAUAAUAUGUUCCAGCUAAAGUUUUUCGACAUAAUGAAUGUCUUCAGACUUACGUUAUAUUGAUCACUCCGUAUAGGUAAAAUUGAUAAUAUACACAUUUGCGUACAAGACAUUUCGAUUUUUAUUUGCAUAUAAUGUUAUUCGUGCAAGAGGAGAUGCGUUUUACGAUUUAUUCAAUUUAAUAUUUCGUAGAGAAAUAUAAUUUUUUACGAGUCAACGGGGUUAAAAGCAUUGAUUUUCUGUCUUUGUCUUACACACGUGCAACAUAUGAUUUUAGACGCGUCUAUUUCCAACGUACCGAUUGGCCGAGUGAAGCGAUAUGAAUUCUGAAAACAGAUUUGAAUUUAUUGUCAAGUCUAUUUCAAAUUGACUUUUCCUCAUUUUUGAUUUUAUCCCCUUAAACUACAAAUAAAAUAAUAAAAAAUGGAAUAUUUUAGCCCCUGAAGAAAUUAAAAUCAUAAAUGUGGGAAAGUCAAUUUCACGUAGACUUCACGGCAAAUUCAAAUCUAUUUUCAGAAUUAUUAUCGCUUUACCAAACCAAUGAGAACGUUGGAAAUAGAACGCGUUUAAAUUCCUAUGUUGCAAGAUAAAGACAGAAAAUCACCGCUUCCAAUCCCCUUAAUUUUAAAUUUAAUAACACAUUUUUUGGGAUUUUUCGCCAUUUUUCAUUUUUAUAAUUUUUUCUAAAAAUAUUCUACUUACUUCUCCUCUUCCCGUGAGGUACGGCCUCGGUUAUUUUGGUUUUGAAAUUACAGUUGUAUUGUAUAGGAAUUCGAUCUAAACUAAUUUAUUUUACCUAUACAUGGUGUAUGCUGCAAUAUUUGCAUGUGCACUGUGCAGGUAAUCACGAUCCUAUAUAAUUGAGUGACAUUAAAAUUUGUUUUGAAUAGGUACCCAGCAUAUUAUAGUUUUGCGCAUUUAAAAUACGUAAUAUAUUAGGUACAGCAAAACGAUGAAACGUAGUCUGUUUUACAAUUUCUACUGUAUUCUUCCAACCAAACAAAAUAAAUUACAGUAGUUAUCCCAUACCGUUUUACUUAUUUAUAAUUUAUUGCAUUUAUAAAUUACAGGUUGUGAUGAAAUGAGUUUGGUGAUAGGUACAUCCAAGGUUAAAUCAUGUCCGUUUGCGAUGGCUGGGCCUGUUUCAAGUUUUCUCAAAUUGUAAGUAUACAUGUUCGUAUAGGUAGGUAGGUAUAUAAGAUGGACAAAACAAGUAUAAAACUAUAAAAACAAUAUACAUGUGACAAAGGCCCUAUAUUAUAUAUGAGUAUUCAAAUUACACACACGCGUGCAUGUGAAAUAAUAAUUAUUUAAUUAUACAAUAUUGAUGAACAACCUUCGUGAAAAAAAAUAAGGGCCGUGUGAAAAUACCCAAGGUUAUGGUUUUUCAUUCAUAUUGUACGUAGAUAUGCUGGUAUUUAGACAUAACAUAAUAAUUAGUCUUUUCAAGAUGCCGUAUACGAAAAAUAAUUAUAUUAGAUACGCAACUUAAUACAGUGUAGGGUUGUCGUACUUCCCGGAAAACCAGGGCAGUUACCGGCUUUUGGCUUGGUGUACCGAUGCCUUGAAAAUAAGUGUCGGGCAUCGUGUCCCGGUGUUUAAGAAAAAAAAUUAAUAUUAUUUAAUUUCGUCAAUUUUUCCAAAUAAUAAUUGUAAUCGAGAGAUAAAAAAAAAAAGACGGACAAAAUUCGCAGGAUGGGUGGGUCACUGUUGAAAGUGAUAAGUUGGAUAGAUAAGAUAUGGAGAGAAAUUUAGUUUAUAUCUGUAUAAUGUACUCAAUGACAAUUGAUAAUUAAAUAAUAUUAAUUUGUGAAAACUACAGGUCCUACAGUAAUUUUUAAUAUUAACAAAUAACCCCUAUGCCGUAUCUCCAAAGUUUUUCCCGGUUUUUCAUAAUUAUUAGGAAAAUCAAACAAAGACUUUCCUAAUCACAAACUAAACAAAAUUUUCUCUCAGAAAUUAUGUUGUUAUUAAAAUUUGGACAAGGUUUCCUGGUAGAUUAUAUUAAAUUGUAUUUUUACCAGAAAUAAUUAUAAAUAAUAAAAUCGCUGUGUCGUAAUUUCAUGAAAAAAAGUUUGGUUUUUCCCAAUUGUUAAGAAAACUACUUUAGACAUCAAAGUAUGACUUUCUCUGUCAGUAGCUAGAUAUUAAAUUUAAUACAAUCAAUCUCUUGUUAUUUUUUAAUUAGAGCAAGAUUUAUAAUUACAAAUUUCGAAUGUAAAAAUUAAAAACUAUGAAAUCUACAACGCCGUGACGUUCCGUAAAUGUUUGUUGUGUAUUUUUUAAUUUUUCCCAAUUAUUUUGAAAAUCCAUUAGAAAAUCAAAAAAUGUCCUGCUUAAUGUACCAAUUAGAGAAAAUUUUCUUUCAGAAUAAGUGCUACACCUAAUACUUCAAGCAAGAUUUUUAGUAGAAAAGUUGUUCACAGACAGAAAAAAAAACACAUCAUGGUAAAACCAAUACAUUCCUCGUUAUGCUCCGAAUCUAAAAUUUUAUUUUUGACAAAUACGGGAUAAAAAAAAUGAUGCCAAAACCUCAUAUAGCAUCCAAAUACUUAUUACUUUAUGAUUAAUAAUAAAUAAUAAUCGUUUUGAUGAUUAAAAAAAAAAAUUAAAAAAAUUUGAUACUGCGGACGGAUACAGUCAUUGUUGUAGGUUGAUAGUUGGGAAUGUGGGAUACAUAAAUAUAUAUAAUUUAUACUUGUAACCAACGAUAAACCAUUGUUGUGGCCUUAUCAAUAUCAUCGUAUAUAUUUCACUCUGUAUCUAAAAAAUAUUUUCAAAAUAAUUACUGUCGCUUUAGAUCGACAGCAUAUAAUACGUUAAAUAUUAUACAAUUAUUAUAUUAUCCCCAUUAUCCUUCGUUGGUUUUUUGGUAAAAAAUAAUAGUAUAUAAUCUACAUGCAUACAUCUAUAGGUAAACAAUCAUUUUAUUUCAUUGGGUCGGUGUUAAUUUUCUACGUAGAUAUUUUAUUCGAAUUAAUUAAGUAAUCGUGAUUCGUAUCACAAAUUAUUAUACGCACGAGAAAAACAUAAACAUAUCCAUUAAAAAUACAUAGAUUUUAAUUUGAAAUCAUCACCGUGUAUUAUUAUUCAUGUUGUUAUUAUUAUGUUACUAAUUUAUGGGUACUUAGGUACGUAGGUACUCGUGUGGCGCAAUUGUCACCAAUUGUUGAAUAAUUUGUCUAGUUGAUUUACACAGUGGCGUAUCUAGACACAUCUUACGAACGAUGGGGGAAAUGUAUUUUUAAAAUUUCUAAGAAAAAAAAUCUACGCAACAACGAGAUGCGGCAAUGGGAUAAUACAAAUGUUUUAAUUUAUUUCCUAUGUAAAAUACAACAUUUAAGUUCAUAAAACAAGAUUUUUUUAACGCUAAUAAAAAUGUAUACAUAUUAUACGGACCGGGAGGGCGGGAGGUGAAUGCCCCCCAUUGUCCCUCUCAAAUAUCACUGGAUUUAAAAAAAUUUUUUUUUUUUUUUUAUUAACUGCAGGCGAUACGGACACAUAACAUAUUACAUUAUAUCGAUAUCGAUUGAAAUCGAUUUCCAGAAAUUACAAAACUAUUAACUCUAUUUAUACGAAUUCAAUACAUAUACAAAUCGUUGGUGUAUUAAAAUUGUUAAAACGAAUUUUUGAGCCAUUGGUACUGUUCAAUACAGUGGUGUAGACAGAAAAAUAUUGCUGAAGGGAUUUUAAAUUUAAAAUUCUCAUUAUUUAUAUGACUCUUCACCAGGUCUUGUCGUUAUUUAUUAAAUAAUAAAUUUAACGUCGACGGAAAAGAACGGCAGAAUGGAUAUUUGGUCCCAUGCUUCGUGAAAAUCCCCGCGUCUUUGCACAAGUAAACUGUUAUGGAUUUUGUGUUUUUCUGUAAUAUUAUUAAACUGUAUAUUGUAGUACGUAUGACAAUGAUAAUAUAACUUAGGUUUUAGGAAUGAUUAUAUACAUUUUUCGAUAUCUUGCUCCAAUAAAAAAUAAAAAAAAGUUUUUUUUUUUGUAGGCAAUUUUGUUUAGUUGAUGCAUUCGGAAGUUUAUUUUCGUUGCUGUUUUCCUAAUAGUGGAGAAAACAGUCGGAAAACGUACGUAAUAACGGUUUCAUUAUAUUCGAUUUUGUUUUUUUUCGGUUAAAUUCGGUUAAAAAUAACCGUAGAUACUUAACUUUUUCAAAUAAUACUUUUAUUAUCCAUAUUUAUACUUAGACGUGGUAAAAAUUUCAAAACAUUCUGGUGAUUUUUGAACUGUUUAUAGACAUUUUAUCUUUUUUGGUUUAAUAUGGCGGAUACAAUUCUUUCGACACACAGUAAUAUUUGAAAAAUUUAAUUCUGAGUUUAUUAUAAGUUUAACUCUGAUAGUUUUUUUAUAAACGACGUUUAGAUUAAAUUUUUACGUAAAUCAUAAAAAUUUCGAAAAUUUCAAGACAUGUAUAAUCGAACUUCGUUCAGAAACAUUUCCCGUUAGCAAUAGUUUAUCGUUUUGUACAGAGAUAAAUUAAACUAGCAAACGACCUAUUCUAAAUAUCCUCCUUUUCAAAUUUCCAUCUACACAGUGUACAACCCAUCAUAGGUUUGUCUGCAGUACCUAUAUGGCUAUAUAAGACUUUUUGAUCACUUGAAGAGACUGGGUACGAUUGUAACAUUUUUGAUAAAAUGAUUUAUUUCUGUCAAAAUUUAAACCAUUUUUGUUUGGCUCAGAAGAUACCUAGUUUUCAUUGGAUUGAAAUUUUAUGAUGAUCGUAUACUGCAGAUAGAUAUAUUGAAGACUGAAAAGACGCAGAGUAACGUAUAAUGUUAAAAUAAUUUUAAUGUUAUCAUUAGACGUUUUUUUUUAAUAUUAUUAUUAAUUUAAUGAAAACAAAAAUAUUGCGUACAUAAUUGUUUUGUAUACAGUAUAUUGUAUUAAUUUUUUUUUUUUAGUUUUCAAACAAGCAGAUCUUUUCACAUAAAUUAUCAAGGUCUUAGGAUUUGGGAAAUAAUGUGAAAAUUAUACAAUAAUAAUAUACAUUUAUGCAGGUAAUAGGUAUAUAUCAUAGAUACAUAUUACGUGUAGGUGCUUAAUUAUUUUAUUAAAUGUCGUCUAUACAGAUCGUGUUAUGAGUUUAUUAGAUACACUGCAGGGUCGCUAAGUUAUUUAAAGAAAAUAGAUAUUGAAAACGUUUAAUAUAAGUAGUUGUGAUUUACCUGUAAACCUUUAUGCAUAAACAAACGUUUUAACUUUUUUUUUUUAGUUGUUUUAAACACAUAAUAUUUCCUGUCCCGUGGAAUUUUGAAAUUGGCAAAUUUGUAAAAAAAAAAAAUAUUAAUUUUAUUGAUCACGCCGUUGUACAAACAUUGGAGAAUUUAAAGGUUUAACAGAUACUUGCCUAAGACUAUUUUUAUUUAAUAUAUAAUUUAUUAUAUUUGUUUUACAUUAGUUACCUACUGAAAUCAAAGACUGAUUACUGAUUAUUGAUUAUAAGUACUUACAUAGUGAUUAGUCGAUAUUUAAUACCUAUUUUGUUUUACAUUUAAAUCACAUAAAUAUUUUUCAGUUGUUUUAUGUAAAAUGUUUUUAAACAUUUAAAUUUUUAAAAUAAAACUUCAGGUUUAUAAUUAUGAGAUAAUUAUAUUUGAUAAUUUUAUAUUGUAUUAUAUUGAGAUAUAAUUAUAAAUAUGAGAUAUACAAGUACAUUGUAUGCAAUUUAAUGAUAUUUACCUAUUAAAUAUUGUAACCGACAAUAAUGCAUACCUAUUAUAAUUAUUAUUUAAUAGAUACAAAUUUUCAUUAGUUUUACUAUAAUUUGUUUUUAUUUGUUUUUCUGUCUGUCAACAACUUAUCGACCAGAAAUGAUGCUCUAAUCGAAAAAUGACAAGAGAUCUGUUUGUCCCAUUUCGGAUAUGGUUCGUGCAUUAAAGAAGUUAUUUUUUUAUUAUUUUCGAGUGGUUUUCAAAAUAAAUAGGGGAACUCGGAAUCAAAAUCAUAGUAAAACCAUACAAAUAUGUACAGCAUGUCGUGGCGUCACUGUGGAUUUCAUCAUUUUGAAUUUUUACGAAUUUUUUUCUAUAUUGAACCAGUUUUUCCUCAUUAUCUGGAAUAUUAAUAAGAAUUUCAAAAAGUGACCUUUCUAAAGUAGGUACUAACUAGAGAAGUAUGUUUGUCCAGUUCUCCCUCCACCAUCUACUUUUUGAUAUUUUUUUUCGCCUAUCAUUUAUUUCGUGCAAAUUCGUUCGAAAAACCUCAAAAUUUGUACUGCCAUAGUUUCAGAGUAAUUCUUGAAAAACCUGAGAGGGCGGCUAGAGAAAUGGUUUUUCAGUUCCCCCCCCCCCAGACAAAUAACCAAUAGUCAUUUUUAACAUUUUUUUUACCAUUAUUUUGUACACAAUUUGUAUACAACUAGCUGUGAUGUGUUUGCAACAACUCUUUAUCCUUAAAAAUCCGUUUUAUCGUUAAUCACUACAACUAUAGUUUUUAGUAAGCAAUAGUUUAUCGCUGCUUCCUACAUAACAUACAAACUUAUAAUAAACCUUUAAGAAAUGUCGAUUUCAGAAUGUUGAUCAUUGAAUAAAUUUUGAGUUUUGAUUUAAGGAUGAUCGUUAUAAUCUAAACCAAAGCGUCCAUAAAAGUAAAAUAAACUAGAAAACUAAGUUGAAUCAACAUUUAAUAAGCAUAGAAUUAUAAACCUUUAAUUUAUAUUAUUUGUGUAUUAAGACAAUAUUUAUUUAAUUUUGAAUAAAUAUCAAAAAUAUUUACUUUUCUAAUCAAAUAUUAACCUUAAACGAAUGUUUAUAUUAUUAGUAUUAUAUGUUUAUUAUAUUAUUAGAUAGGAGCAUUUAGAGAGGCGUGAAGAGGGGGAGGGGUGUUAACAUUUCCAAAAUUAACUGUAACUCCCAAUUCAGAAUACUUCAAGUAAACCUGUAAUAUAUAAACCUCAUAACUCGGAUUUGCUGAAAAAAAUUGCAAAAAUAAUGUCAGAUAAAUAUUUCAUUAGUUUAUCAAAAACGGAUCAUUGUUAUAAAAAUCAGUACUUAGAAUCGCCUUUAGUAAGCAAAGGUUUAUUGUUGCUUACAGAUACAUAUUGAUUUCCUCUUUAUAUUCUACCUUCCAAACUUCUCACAAACAACAGCGGCUGCAUCCGUCAUCAUUAUUCUAGGACAACUUUUUAACUUGUAAAUUAUGUGUAAGAAUGAAUGCAUGAUGUAUGCAUCAUAUGUAUAUAGGGUAUAGGUAUAUGAUGUUUUUUUUUUCUAGAAAAUUUGUAUAACCAAACCUAAUUAAUUUGCUUUUUUGUAUCUGUCUAAACAUAAAACUGCAUUUUUUCAUUAACGGAUCGAUGAAAAUUUUAAAUUUAAAUACCUACUAAAAUAUUAUUAUGCCAGUACUUCAUCUAUUUAUGUCAUUUUUAAUAUAGGUUGUCAUUUGAAAAUCAAAAUUAGGGACCUAGUCGUUUCGCCCUCAAAAAUAAGGGUGGCAAAAAUGAUAUGUAAUAUUUUAGAGCUGGUUUUUUCUUAAAUGUUCUUAAAUUUAAAAACAGGUUAUUAUUAUCAAACUAUUUAUUUUUCUUGAUGUAAUAUAAUUAACCCCCCUCUACCCGUUUUUCCAAAUGCCCUUCCCAAAGAAAAUUGUCUGAAAGAAACAAUGAUAAAAUCCCACCAGGGGCAAAACGAUUUAUUCUAAAAAUAUUUUAAACUGUUAUGAUGAAAUGGUGUGCCAUUAUGCGUGAUAAAUGUACACGCAGUUGAACAUCCCAAGGGAGCAGGGGAGGAUGGCCCAUAUUAUCCUCCCUCCCUGUGGGUACCUUUGAACAGAAAUACUUGAAAAUUUAACAUGAGGUUCAUUAAAGUUGUACGUAGGGGUAAAAAAAAUAGAGCAUAAUGUAGUAAUUAUUUUAUUAUGAUUUUAAAAUCAAAUUUUGAUGAAAAAUAUAAAUAUUACAACGGCUUUUCAAAUCAUGUAUAAACGAACUUUGCUUCUAAUCGUAUUUCGUUAGCAAUGAUUUAUUUUUGCUUAUAGAUAUAAAUUAAAUAACUUUAUGUAUCCUACCUAACUUCUCAUCUAUAGCAUUGGCACACCCGUCCCUAGUAUCAAAUCUUUUUUUAAAUAUAUUUUAUUUUUAUUUUUUACAUGUAUAUUUUGUGUUUAAAGACGUUAUAGUGAUUUACUUGCGAGUCGAGUUCGCACCAUAUGUCUUCUUUUGUACUAUCGUUCAUAUUACUUAGAUGUAUAUUUAUUUUUUUUUUUAUCUGUGCGCAACUUUUCUACAAGAAAACUUGCUCAGAUUUCUACGUGUAGCACCUUUUUUGAAAUAAAAUCGGCGUGAGAAAGUACUUAAGGAAAGUCACUUUUUGAUUUUCACAAGAGUUUUCUCUUCAAAUGCGAAAAACCGAAAAAACGAAAAAACGGGAAAAUCGUAAGAAAACUGAGAAAAUUUGUAUAUCAUUAAACUAAUUUUGUUAAAAAAAAAUAUAUAAAGCCUAUUUAAUUAUUUUACUACAAAAUAACAUAUAUAUAUAUUGUUGACAAAGCAUCACUAUCAACUGAGCUCCACUGAGAAUCGUUUUUUCGUAAAUCAUGGUUUAUCGUUGCUUACAGAUAUACAUUAAAUUCCCGUCUAUAUCUUACCUUCCCAACUUUUAUCUACACCAGUAGCUGCACUCGUCCCAAUUAUCUUACCUACUAUAUAUUUAGAUUUCAUCGAUUCGUCAAAAACGUACACAAUUUUUAUUUUAAAAAAAUGUACAUACUUAAUAUUUCAAAUCCUAUACAGCCGACGAGAUGAACCGUUUGUUUGAUUUUUAAAAUAAUUUAUAAAAACAUAUACUUACACACGACAGUCCGCAUUAUAAUAUUACAAAUUAUACAACUGUGGAGAAUGCAUUUUUCACAGUUUUGUUUUCAUGACGACGAUCAUAGGUAGAUAAUUAUUAAACAUAAUCAGUUAACGAGGCCUCACCUUUAGAAAAAAAAAAAAAAAAAAAAAGGCGUUCCGUUUUUUGUGUGUGUAACAAGCAAUUAUUGUAAUCAUCAUGGACAAGGUGAUGUCUAUUAAAUCGAAAUAUUAUGUACGAGUUCUAUAUUUGCACGAUUUUAAAAAGAAAUAAUAAAGCGGAGUUGACGAUUUAUUGCGAUAAACUGUACAAUUUUUUUAAUUAACUUCCACACGGUCAUUAGCGUUUUGCGUUGGCAUUUUUUUUUUUUUCUUGGUGAUUUGAUAAAAAAAAUCAUGUAAGUGUUAUAGACGCAGUCGAGGGGCUCCUCACCCAAAUUCCUUCUGAAAGUUGUAUUAUAUAUAAACAAAGCAGUCUAAAAUCUGUCAGAGCCGGGUUUCCAAAUUUACUCCAAUUUUGUAAAAUUUGAAAAUUGUUUUUAACAUUUUAAUAACCACCUUAAAUAUAGGAUUUUUCCAAUAACCUAUUCAGAGCACACUUUAAGGAAUUUUUGCUGGGUGACACUUUGGUAAAAUUGUCUACCUGCAGAGGAACAUAAUCACAACGAGACCGACGAAGACUACUAUCGGAAGUUCAAUGCACAAAUAGCAAUUACGAAAGCAUUAAAUAGUAGCUAGUAGCAUAGUCAUAAUUUACGACUCUCAACUCAGAAGAACUAUCACGGAGACGAUAACGGUCGACGAUUUCCGAAAAAAUUAAUAACAUUAUUAAAAAUAUGACGUGUAUUAUUAUCGUUUUCUACAUAUCGAAAAAAAAAAAAUCCAUUCAUAUCAAAACAAUUCCGGCGUACACGGCAUAUGAUCGAGUUCAAUAAAAUAUUUUUUUUUUUUCUGUAACAUACGAUGAACUGUUGAACAAGAACUCAAAAUAAUAUCAGCGAUAGUAUUUGUCGACCACGGAUAACACCAAAUGGCAACUGCACUACUGUAUCGAAAAAUUGAAUUUUCAUUUCGAUACUAUAUUAUAAAACCAUAUCAAUUUUAUUCAAAUUAUUUUGGGUCGUUAACGGCCGGUAAGAAUGCCAGUGGCACUAAUAUUUGGUCCGUGAUGGCACGAACACCCACCCCUGGGUAGCAUUAAAUUAUCGCUGAGGAGCAUUAGUGCCGCGUACUUGGCGUGUUAAAACAUGCUCAGAAGAACCUGUUGCUCAAAAACAAAAACUUGAAUAAAAAAAAAAAACACUAAAAUUUCAUUAUUGUUUUUCUUUCGAUUGGAAAGAGCAAAACAUUUUACUGUAGGAUCGACCAACAAUGUUAUAGAUAUCAAUGCAUGUACGUGCAUAUUUUGUAAAAUAUGUAACGUCAUACGGCAACUUUUCGCCUUCCUCCAGCAGCGCGUCUGAUGAGCAAUUUGUUAGUAGUUUUUCACGUUAAGUUCGACCCCUUUUAUACCGUUGCAGUAUAUACGUAAUUUAAAUUUGGUCGUUCGGCGUUGUUAAUAAUUCCGGUUAUGUUUGUGUUUUUCAGAUUAUGUGUUUGAUUUGUCUGCUCUAUAAAAGAUGGACGGACGCAGAAGCCUCCAGACUGUUUUAUUACUUUGAGAAGACAUCUCGGGAAUGGCCGUUGCUGAACAACGUCACCAGGAACGGGGCCGGAUCACUGUUCGCGGACGUGACGUUCGGCGGUUACAUAAUAAUAUGCGUGGCGCUAUUCAUAGCAUACUUGAUGGGCGAGCUGAAGAACAGCAGGAAAACGGUAAUGCGCGACAGAUAAACACGUAAAUACUUACUCCAUCGUUGCUAAUACGUGCGUUUUUUUAAAAUGCACUUGACAGGAAUCGUUUUUGUUGGUCAUCGGGGCGGCGCUGUUCAUCGCCGUCGGCUGUCUGGUAAUGACCGCUGUAGAUAGCGUGCCAAGUAAUCUGGUCGUCAACGCGCUCGUCCUUGGAACUUUGUCCAUAGUGACGGGCAUGGUAUUCGUAUUGGACACGUGCCUGUCUAACAGACGGGACGGGCAAAAAUCGCAUUUGACGAAAAGCACUAGAUACGGAGACAUUGCGCGCACGAGAGCCGCCGCCGAUACUGUGGACUCGGAGCGGACAACGAACGUCGUACACGCCAACGGAGGUGGACACGUCAACGGAGGUGGGUACGUCAACGGGGGUGGGUACGCCAACGGAGGAGGGCACGUCAACGGAGGAGGGCACGUCAACGGAGGAGGGCACGACAACGGCGGCAUAAUAAAAUGGGAGACUGUAGAAAAGAAACCAAACGGCCUGUUGCAGACGACCGCUGCCAACGGUCACGCCGCGGAAACCAGAAAUGGGAGCAUACAAACGCCAUCGGGUGACGCAAAGAAACGGGAAACGGACAUCGACGCCGAAGUUGCGCCCGCGGUUCAUCGUCAGUACGGUCUCAAGAACACGGACCAACGCGGGAUCGACGGACACAAGUACGCAGACUGGUAUGACACUGAAAUGGACCUGUCGAAAAUGAAAAAACUAGAAAUCAACGUGCCAACAGACGAUUCUCCAGAUUACCGCCACAGGUAAUCGCCGUAAGAAUAGAUUUAUAGAUCUUACACAUAUAGCCGAAACACUUUGGAUCUGGACCAGUAGUGGUUUUGACCAAACUUCAAGGGGCUGCGACAGUGAUUUAUGGGAUUUAUGGGGAGCUUGGGGAUGUAGCUCCAACAUUUUUUCAGAUUAACCUAUAAAGCUCCCCCUUAUAUUUGCGAGGAUAUCCGCCAAUGGAUGAUUUCAAAUUUCAACUCCCCCUCCCUGGCAACAAAAUUUUGUUUCCGAAAACGAAUAUUAUAUAUUUUUAAUAUGCAAUUAAAAAAGUACUUUUAUUAUUAAAGUAAAAAUUGAUCUAAAAUCUAAAAUACAACACUAUAUUAAUAUUUUUUAUUAAGACAAAUUGUCUUUACUUCUAAGACUGCGCAAUAAAAUUGACAACCCAUAUAUUUACUUUAAAUAACUAUCAGUUACACUUGAAGUUAACUUGAAAAAAAAAAAUACAGACAUAAUUCGCGCAUAGGCCAUUGUUGUAGGUGAGAAGUUGGGAAGGUAAAUGGGAAAUUUAAUGUGUAUCUGUAUGUAACGAUUAUCCAUUGCUAACGAAAAACGAUUCUGAGCAGAGUUUGGUUGAUAGUGUUGCUUUUUCAACAUUGUAUAAGUCAUAUUGUGGUAAAAUAAUUAUAUAUGCAUUAUAUAUUUUCUUUAAUAAUAUUUAUUUUAUAUUGUGCCUAUUGUCAAGUUUUUUUUCUGGUUUUCCCCAUUUAUUAUGAAAACAAAUAGGAAAAUUAGAAACUGACUUCCUUAAGUACCAUCACAGUUAGAUUUUCUUCCAGAAAAUGUGUUAUUAUUGUAAAUAAGAACAAAAUUGCUGGUAGAAAAGUUGUCACAGAUAAAAAAAAGAAACCAAUACAUUCCAUGCUCUGUUUAGAAUCUAAAAUAAUAAAUAAUCAAUCAAUGAAUAAAUAUUAUAUAAAUAGGUACCUAAAUAAAUACAUAAUGUGAGAAAAAAAAGGAUAAGGGGCAAUUAUAGGGGUUUUUAAACCCUUAUAAUCGGCCAAGUACUCAAGUUCAUUAUAGAGCAAUUUAUAGGUAUUUUGUAACGGUGUUUUUAUUUGGUUUUAUAUGUACAAAAUUGUUAGGUCAAAUAGAAAUACUUGAAAAUUGAUUACAAUGUCCAUUAAAUAAGUUUAACUUGGUGGUCAACACAAACAAAAGAGCUGAUACUGGAGAUGGGUGUGCUACUAUUGUAGGUGGAAAGCUGGAAAAGUUGGAUACAUAGUUAUUUAAUUUAUAUAUGUAAUAUAUGUUAAAAAAUAAAUAACGAUAAACCAUUGCUUCCGAUAAUUCUUAGAGAAGUUUGGUUAAACACAUAAUAAUAACGUAUGUAUUUAACCUUUCCACAUACAACAGUGGCACACCCAUCCCUAAUAUCAAUCCUUUUUAAAUUUUAUUUUACAGUUGUUUUUUUUUUUUUUUUUUUUUUUUGUAGAUUUGUAAAUAUUAAAAAUGGAACCAAACUGCAAUCUCCUAGUAUUACAAGCACUGUGCACCACCAUCAACAGGAAAGUCCAAAGGAGGAAAAUGAACAUGAAGUGUCAAACACAAGAGUGCCAUACAUCAUGUCUGAUAAAAAAAGAUCGACGAGGCCUGCUGACCUGUUAUUAAAAUCGCCUGUAGAAAGAGUGAACGAUUCGUUACAAAAAUCUGUUAAAAGCAGAUUCUACUUUGGGGCUAAUAUGGAGGAGCCUAAAUCUCCUAAUGAUCCUGGCUAUGUACUACACACUGCGUCACGAUGGGAAGAACAACCCCCAACACCUUUAUCAGUGCAAAACGGUUACAAAAACUUCAAAAGAAGUCAAGUAUAAUCAAUUGACUAAAGACUAUUAAGCUGAGGCUUUGUAUGUGGCUAGUGUAUUGAGUUUUAAACAACUUACAAUAUUUUAUACAGACUAGAUAAUAUUAUGUGUAUAAUACAUGUUUUUUAUAUUCUGAUAAAUUUGUUAUGGGGGUCUACUGGAGAACUUUCUUCUUCUUGUAUGUGUUCAGAUAAAUUGAAUGUUUCUUUGUUGUAAUCUUUAGAAUUUAAAACUUCUGCACCUUUCAUUCUGACAAUGGUUGCCUUUGGAAUAUUUAACAUUCUGGCAUAUUGGAAUGCUAGCAAAAAAUUUAUUUAUUAGCAUUUAACUAUGAUUAUUUUUGGUUGACAAUAAUAGAAUAUUGCAACUUACCCGGGGAUAUUUUCACUUCCUCGUCCGGUAUUAAUUCUUCAGAUUCUAACCAAUUCAGACGACCUUGUUUCACUUGGUACAAUACAGUACAAAACGCAAGUAUACUAAUACUAAAAUAUGCUUUUGAGAGGAACAGCUUUUUGGCUUGAGCUUCUUCGACAGUCAUUGGCUUCAUAAUUCUUCUGAAGAAUCUCCUCACAAAAUGAUAUCUAACUAUAAAUAAUUUGUC